ACUAUAUAAUAUAAUAGGAGGGAGACAGAGCGCCAUUUUCUAAGCCAAUUUUCUCGGAAAAUAGAGAGAGAAAGGAUAACGGAGAUGGAUUUCUCAGAGUUGAAGAAGGCAGUGGAAGCUGUGGAGCUCGUAGAUGGUCACGCACACAAUAUUGUGGCUCUUGACUCCGCCUUUCCUUUCCUCGGUGGUUUCUCUGAAGCUUAUGGCGAUGCUUUGACUCAUGCUGUUCAUUCUCUCUCGGUCAAGAGAAAUUUGAAGGAUAUAGCUGAACUUUAUGGAUGUGAAAAUUCAUUGCGUGGCAUCGAAGAAUUUCGCAGGGUCAAAGGGUUGGAGGCCAUAAGCUCAACAUGCUUUAAAGCUGCAAAAAUCUCGGCCAUACUUAUUGAUGAUGGGGUAAAGCUUGACAAAGAACAUGAAAUAGAGUGGCAUAAAGCCUUUUCACCUUUUGUUGGCAGAAUCUUGAGAAUUGAACGUCUGGCUGAGACAAUUCUAGAUGAAGAAUUGCCCGGUGGAACGUCUUGGACAUUGGAUAAGUUCACUCAGAUAUUUGUUGAAAAGCUAAAAUCAGUUGCUGGUGAGAUUUUUGGCUUGAAAAGCAUAGCUGCAUACCGCAGUGGCCUAGAAAUCAACACAAAUGUUUCAAAAAUAGAUGCCGAGGAAGGUCUUACUGAAACUUUACUAGCUAGUAAGCCUGUCCGCGUGGCAAAUAAAAAGUUCAUCGAUUAUAUCUUCACACAAAGUUUGGAGGUUGCGCAACAGUUUGACUUGCCAAUGCAGAUACACACAGGUUUUGGAGACAAAGAUCUGGAUAUGCGGCUCGCCAAUCCCCUUCAUCUCCGGGAUGUCCUUGAGGACAAGAGAUUCUCUAAAUGCCGUAUAGUUUUAUUACAUGCAUCCUAUCCAUUUUCUAAGGAAGCGUCAUUUUUAGCCUCUGUUUAUUCUCAGGUGUAUCUAGACUUUGGUUUGGCUCUUCCUAAGCUUAGCACCCAAGGGAUGAUAUCUUCAAUCAAAGAACUCUUGGAGCUUGCUCCAAUAAAUAAGGUUAUGUUCAGCACUGAUGGCUACGCAUUUCCUGAAACAUAUUACUUAGGUGCUAAAAAAUCACGUGAAGUCAUCUUUUCUGUCCUGCGUGAUGCUUGUCUUGAUGGAGAUCUUGAUAUUCAUGAGGCUGUUCAAGCUGCCAAAGACAUCUUUGCUGAAAACUCCAUUCGGUUUUACAAACUUAAGUUACCUGUGAAAUCUUUUGGGUCAGCAAAUACUAUAUCUUCUACACCUACAAAUACUAAUGCCCUAAGUGGCAUCACAUUAGUUCGUAUGCUCUGGGUUGAUGCUUCGGGACAACAUCGUUGUCGUGUUGUGCCUUCAGCGCGCUUUCAGGAUGUGGUUCAGAGGAAUGGUGUUGGUUUGACUUUUGCUUCAAUGGGAAUGCCUUCAUUUGUUGAUGGUCCAGUUGAAGAGUCUAAACUGACUGGAACUGGUGAGAUCAGAUUGGUGCCUGAUUUGUCAACCAGAAGGAUAAUUCCCUGGGAAACUAGAGAAGAAAUGGUUUUGGCUGACAUGUAUCUCAAACCUGGUGAACCAUGGGAAUAUUGCCCGAGAGAAGCCUUACGAAGGGUUUCAAAAAUUCUGAAAGAAGAAUUUGACUUUGUAAUGAAUGCAGGAUUCGAGAAUGAGUUUUAUUUGUUGAAGAGUGUACUGAGGGAAGGGAAAGAAGAAUGGGUGCCAUUUGAUUCAGCUCCCUACUGCUCAACAUCAUCUUAUGAUGCCGCUGCCCCUAUAUUCCAAGAACUUGUGGCUGCCCUCCAUUCGUUGAAUAUUCCAGUGGAACAGGUGCAUCCAGAAUCUGGGAAGGGUCAAUUUGAGGUGGUUCUGGGUCAUGGAACUUGCACCCUUUCUGCUGAUAACCUAGUUUUUGCACGUGAAACUAUCAAGGCCAUUGCAAGGAAACAUGGAUUAUUGGCAACCUUUGUGCCCAAGUAUUCUAUGGAAGACAUUGGUUCUGGGUCCCAUGUACAUGUAAGUUUGUUUCAGGAUGGAAAAAAUGUCUUCAUGGGAUCAUCUCGGUAUGGAAUGUCCAAAGCUGGAGAGGAAUUCAUGGCUGGUGUUUUAUAUCAUCUCCCUCAAAUUUUGGCAUUUUUAGCACCAAUUCCAAAUAGCUAUGAUCGAUUACAACCCAAUACAUGGAGUGGAGCAUACCAAUGCUGGGGAAGGGAGAACAAAGAAGCCCCACUGAGAGCUUCAUCUCCACCUGGAAUUUCAGAUGGUUAUGUGAGCAACUUUGAGAUUAAAUCGUUUGAUGGAUGUGCAAAUCCACACAUAGGCUUGGCUGCAAUACUUGCUGCUGGCAUUGAUGGGCUUCGGAAACAUCUUAGCCUCCCAGAACCUGUUGAUACAAACCCUUCUACCUAUGCUCCAGAACUCAAAAGAUUGCCAAAAUCACUUUCAGAAUCUUUAGCAGCUCUUAAUGAAGACAAUUUCAUGACAGAUCUAAUUGGUGAAAAGCUUCUGGUUGCCAUUAAAGGAAUCCGCAAGGCUGAGGUUGACUUCUACUCGAAUCAUAAGGAUGCAUACAAGCAGUUGAUAUACCGUUAUUGAGCAGGACUAUCUUCUUUCCUUUGCUCUCCAUUGUUCACUCUAAUUUAUUACCAUUCGACGAUGUUGAAAGCUUAUUGGUGAAAAUACAGACUUUAUAAUAUCAUAUUAGUAAUAACGUGGUGAUUCCAAUGACGCAAUAAUCUGUUUCCACCA